ACGACUGGUGGCCUUAGUGCCCAUGCCCACUGACCCUCCGUUCAAUACCCGAAGAGCCUACACCAGUGAGGAUGAGGCCUGGAAAUCGUAUUUGGAGAAUCCCCUGACAGCAGCCACCAAGGCAAUGAUGAGUAUUAAUGGUGAUGAGGACAGCGCUGCUGCUCUUGGCCUGCUGUAUGACUACUACAAGGUUCCACGAGACAAGAGGCUGCUGUCUGUAAGUAAAGCAAGUGACAAUCAAGAAGACCAGGAUAAAAGAAACUGUCUUGGCACCAGUGAAGCUCAGAGUAAUUUGAGUGGAGGAGAAAAUCGAGUGCAGGUCCUAAAGACUGUUCCAGUGAACCUUUCCCUAAAUCAAGACCACCUGGAGAAUUCCAAGCGGGAGCAGUACAGCACAAACGUCCCCGAGAGCCCAGCGGUCAUCCCUGUGUCAGGAGUCACUGUGGUGAAAGCCGAAGAGUUCACACCGGUCUUCAUGGCCCCGCCUGUGCACUACACCCGGGGGGACGGCGAGGAGCACCGAGUGGUUAUCUACGAACAGUCUCAGUAUGACGUGCCCUCUAUCGCCACCCACAGCACCUAUCUCAAGGAAGACCAGCGCAGCACCCCCGACAGCACCUAUAGUGAGAGCUUCAAAGAUGGACCCACAGAGAAAUUUCGGAGUGCUUCAGUUGGCGCUGAGGAGUACAUGUAUGACCAGACGUCAAGUGGCACAUUUCAGUACACCCUGGAAGCCACCAAAUCUCUCCGUCAGAAGCAAGGGGAGGGCCCUAUGACCUACCUCAACAAAGGGCAAUUCUAUGCCAUAACGCUCAGCGAGACUGGAGACAACAAAUGCUUCAGACACCCAAUCAGCAAAGUCAGGAGUGUGGUGAUGGUGGUCUUCAGUGAAGACAAAAACCGAGACGAACAGCUGAAAUACUGGAAGUACUGGCACUCCCGGCAGCACACAGCGAAGCAGAGGGUCCUCGACAUUGCUGAUUACAAGGAAAGCUUUAAUACGAUUGGGAACAUUGAAGAGAUUGCAUAUAAUGCUGUUUCCUUCACCUGGGAUGUGAAUGAAGAGGCAAAGAUUUUCAUCACUGUGAAUUGCCUGAGUACAGAUUUUUCCUCCCAAAAAGGGGUGAAAGGACUUCCUUUGAUGAUUCAGAUUGAUACAUACAGUUAUAAUAAUCGUAGCAAUAAACCCAUUCAUAGAGCUUAUUGCCAGAUCAAGGUCUUCUGCGACAAAGGAGCAGAAAGAAAAAUUCGAGAUGAAGAGAGGAAGCAAAACAGGAAGAAAGGGAAAGGCCAGGCCUCCCAAACCCAGUGCACCAACUCCUCUGAUGGGAAGUUGGCCACGAUACCUCUACAGAAGAAGAGUGACAUCACCUACUUCAAAACGAUGCCUGAUCUGCAUUCCCAGCCGGUUCUCUUCAUUCCUGAUGUGCACUUUGCAAACCUGCAGAGGACAGGACAGGUGUAUUACAACAUAGAUGAUGAACGAGAAGGCAGCAGUGUUCUUGUCAAACGGAUGUUCAGGCCAAUAGAAGAGGAGUUUGGUCCAGCACCUUCCAAGCAGAUGAAAGAAGAAGGGAUAAAGCGAGUGCUUUUGUACGUGAGGAAGGAGACUGAUGAUGUGUUCGAUGCUCUGAUGUUGAAAUCUCCCACAGUGAAGGGACUGAUGGAAGCGAUAUCCGAGAAGUAUGGCCUGCCAGUGGAGAAGAUUGCAAAACUUUACAAGAAAAGCAAAAAAGGCAUCUUGGUGAACAUGGACGACAACAUCAUCGAGCACUACUCCAAUGAGGACACUUUCAUCCUCAACAUGGAGAGCAUGGUAGAAGGUUUCAAGAUCACUCUCAUGGAAAUCUGAGCCCUGGUCCCAACAGCCCUUCAGCAGGAGCUCUCAGUACCUUCAUCCUUGAGAGAGACAGAGGCCCUGACCCCAGAACCACAGACCCAACUCACCCAUCUCACAAUUGCUGUUACAAGACUGCCUGGGCAACAGGGCAAGGAACAAAGCCCCAUUUGCUGUCUGUGUAUUUGUCC